CUCUUCCCGUGCCCCUCAUCACCCCCACUAGAAACCGCAUCAUCCGUUUCUGGCAACUCACCCACUACCAACCUACCACUCUUCGCGAGGCCAGUCUUCGUCACCUUUCCUCACCUUUUUCGAUUUUUCUCCCAUCUCAACUCGCAAUUACCCACAAUGCCUCCCAAGAAGGCCCAGGAAGAGAAGAAGAUUAUGCUCGGGCGGCCGGGAAACAGUCUGAAGAGUGGAAUUGUUGGUCUCGCGAACGUUGGCAAAUCGACGCUUUUCCAGGCCAUCACUCGAUGCACUCUCGGAAACCCCGCCAACUUCCCGUACGCCACUAUCGAUCCCGAGGAGGCCCGUGUCGUCGUUCCCGAUGAGCGAUACGACUGGCUGUGUGAGCACUACAAGCCCCAUUCUAAAGUUCCUGCGAACUUGACCGUUUACGAUAUCGCCGGAUUGACGCGUGGAGCCUCGACCGGAGCCGGUCUGGGUAACGCUUUCUUGUCGCACAUCCGCGCUGUCGAUGCCAUCUUCCAGGUUGUCAGGUGCUUUGACGAUGCCGAGAUUAUCCACGUCGAGGGAGACGUCGACCCCGUGCGCGAUUUGGGAAUCAUCAGCCACGAGCUGCAGGUCAAGGAUAUCGAGUUUGUGGAGAAGAACUUGGAUGCCCUGAAGAAGCUCACCAUCCGAGGUGGGCAGUCGCUUGAGAUGAAGAAGCUCAAGGAGGAGCAGGCGAUCGUUGAGGCUGUCCUGGAGCACUUGAAGAGUGGAAAGGAUGUGCGCAAGAACAACUGGGGUACUAAGGAGGUCGAGAUCAUCAACAAGCUCUUGCUACUCACCGCCAAGCCCGUCAUCUACAUCGUGAACCUUUCUGAGCGCGACUUUAUCCGCCAGAAGAACAAGUACCUUCCCAAGGUCAAGGCCUGGGUCGACGAAAACAGCCCCGGUGAUGUCAUCAUUCCCAUCUCCGUCAUCUUUGAGGACCGCCUCACCCGCAUGACCGACGAGGAAGUCGCCGAGGAGUGCAAGACCCUCAAGACCAAAUCCCAGAUCGGCAAGCUCGUCGUGACCAUGCGCAAGGCCCUUCGUCUGAUCUCCUUUUUCACCACUGGAACCGACGAGGUCCGGCAAUGGAGUAUCCGCGAGGGCACCAAAGCUCCCCAGGCUGCUGGUGUCAUCCACGGUGACUUCGAGAAGACGUUCAUUCAGGCCAUCAUCUCCCGGUAUGCGGAUCUGAAAGAGCUCGGUAGCGAAGCUGAGGUCAAGGCCGCUGGAAAGCUCCUCAUCAAGGGCAAGGAGUAUGUCAUGGAGGACGGUGAUAUCGUCCUGUUCAAGGCCGGUGCUGCUAAGGGUUAGAGCGACAUAUCCAGCGUACAUAGAAGGAAUAUGUGAUGCGGGAACAAAAGCAUUAUCUUCUCUUGUUGAUCAUGAGCUACUUAGUGAAAUGAAGUACGAAAAAUGCCUCCUGGCUUUCGUCUCGUGGUGACUGGAAGAUCGUAG